AUGAGCGGCCUACAAACACUCGAGGCCCUCUUCCUCAUGCUUCUAGCAACGACGGGGGUCUCUUCUAACACAACCAGCAAAACAGGGACAGCACCUGCAACUAACGUUGUCGUCGAGGAACCAGAAUUUACGGAUGUUAUAGAAAAUGUUACAGUGCCUGCCGGGCGGAACGUCAAACUGGCUUGUUCCGUCAAAAACCUAGGAUCAUACAAAGUAGCGUGGAUGCACUUUGAGCAAUCCGCGAUCCUGACUGUACAUAAUCAUGUAAUCACAAGGAAUCCUCGCAUCAGCGUCACGCACGACAAGCAUGACAAACACAAGACCUGGUUCUUACACAUAUCAAACGUCCAAGAAGAGGACAAGGGUCGCUACAUGUGCCAAAUCAACACGGUCACGGCAAAGACACAGUUCGGAUAUCUGCAUGUGGUCGUUCCUCCAAACAUUGACGAUUCCCUGAGCUCGAGCGAUGUUAUCGUGCGGGAAGGCUCAAACGUGACGCUUAAAUGUCGAGCCACGGGUAGUCCAACACCCACAGUAAAAUGGAAGCGAGACGACAACUCUAAAAUAGCCAUUAAUAGAUCGUUAAACGUGCUCGAGUGGGAAGGAAAUUACAUCGAAAUUACGAAAAUUUCCCGCCUGGACAUGGGCGCAUACCUCUGCAUUGCAUCGAACGGUGUGCCGCCUACGGUGUCAAAGCGAAUUAAAGUCAGCGUUGACUUUCCACCGAUGUUGUGGAUACCACACCAGUUGGUCGGUGUUCCACUGUACUUCAACGUGACAUUGGAAUGUUUCACCGAGGCACAUCCGACUUCGUUGAACUACUGGACGCGAGAGGACGGUCACAUGAUUCAUGACUCGAAGAAAUACAGAACUGAGACGAAUGUAGGAAUGCCAAUGUACAAGACGCACAUGCGUCUGCACAUUUACAACAUACAGCAGACGGAUUACGGGACGUACAAGUGUGUUGCCAAGAACCCCCGCGGCGAAUCGGAUGGAACAAUUAGACUUUACACGUCUACACCACCAACAACUUCCCCUGGGCCACUAACAACCGAAUCCUACUCCGACCUUUGGUCCAACCGGAUCCUCAACGAUUCUGCCGGUGGUCUUCACCAUCACCACGGUGGACAGCACUCGAAUUCUUAUUCUGGGCACGUGGUUGAUAAAAACUCUAAAUACUCUUCCAAUCUUAAUGAAAUUGAUCGAUCCGAGCAAAAGUCGUUCGACACAAAUAUCAUCUAUUGGCCACCAGAAACUAAUCGGAACAAUCAAGGUGCCAUCAAUACUACCCGCAAUAUUCUGUCCAUUAUUUUUAGCACAGGUAUGCUACUUUUGGCAAGGAUUAGCUUACAUUAACUAGAAAUUAAAAAUGCAUCCUGUAAACAAAUGAGACAGCCAAAUGAGCGCGAGAUAUGGUAGGUUCCUGCUCUCUAACCCGUUAGCACACAGCAAAGUGAUAGAACAUGUUUUGCUAGAAAAAGAAAUGGCUUAACAUUCCGAUGUUCAAUUUGGCAGAAGGCGGCAGGUAACACGUAACAAGCAUGGCGGAAAGAUAAAGCAGCAGCAAUAGCAGCUAACUCACAACAAAAGAACAACUAUUUCAACACGUAUAACUGAAUGCAGGGUUUAUAAAACAUAUAUAUACUAAAUGACAAAUAUAUAUAUAUACAUAUACACAGACAUAUACUAAUUAUACAACUAUAUUAUAACGGAGAAGUCAUUGACAUCAUAUACACGCAACUUAUAGCCAAAAUGAGAAGAUAGAAGCACAACGGCACAAUCCAUCAACUAGUGUGAAAUUGUAUCGCAGGUUACUAAACAUGACUUAGGGCAUAUCUCUCAAGCGUCAACUGCACCAUCAGUAGCAUUUACCUACGGACACGACCCUAUAACCACUGAGCUGGCUGUAAUGUGUACGAAAGCCACACUGUACCAACAACCGUAUACCAGGAAGAAAGGAAGAAGCGUAGUAAGUAGCGCAACAUUGGACUUCUCGCGAAAGCUUGCGAAAGCGUUCUUAAUUAAAUUUAUCAGCUACAGAAACAACUCUUCACCGGGCUCGAACAAUUGACUGCGGACUCCGGAGACUUGGAGGGGCAGAGAAACAAAAAGUCACUGAGCUUAUGUUUGUUGUUCGGUUCCAUCGCAAAGGUUGCUUUGUUUUCGACUAAGAAAUACAGCUUAUACCGGAAGAAAAAUAUCUACCCAGGUAGCAAGCUUCUUAUGAAGAUGAGCCUCUAAGAAAAUGAUGCGGAAAAUGUGGAAUUCUCAAAAAAAAAGAUGACCCGGUAAGUGUGAUGGAGAUAAACACCGAGCAUUUGCAUAAGGGAACAUCGUGGAAUGGUGAAAUUCUUGCAACAGCAACAGAAUUGCGAAGAGUUUUGUUCGACAUUGGCGAGGAUCCUACCUGUAUAAAUGUGUAAGCUUACAUAAUCGGACUGAGACUUUAAACCAAAUUACAGAAACACAUAAGAAAUAGCGCAUUUAUGACCACAUAUCAGUAAUGCCGGUGUGAAGCAUAGUUUCUAUUAGCACAAACGGUUAGGAAGAAUUUAUAGAGUUGUUUAAAGUUCAUGUGUAAUAUCGUUUUGUAAACUGCGCGCAUUCGAGUUGUACCAAUAUUUAAACUCUAAAAUUUAAAACCCACUCAACUAAAGAAUUUUAGAUUAGUUUUUCUGGCCCGGCGGAUGUUUUAGGAACUAGAAGUAUAACACACACACACACACACAAAAACGAUUUCCAAAAAUGCAAAACCCAUAUCAACACUCACCAAAAUCGCACCAAGCCCACACCCUCCAGUGUGGGCACAGCAGCAGCAGUAAAAGACUCCAAUAAAACCGCACAGAUAAUAACCAAUGAUGCAAUUCCAAACGAGGCAAAAAUUCUUUCUCCUUAAAUGCACUUGUGAAACAAAUUGAAUGCGAUUUUUAAGUCCUUUUUUGGCCAGAUCUGGACCAACCGAUGCAUUCGAAAUGACUCUUUGGACGAUAAUUGGAUUUCUUUUGCAACUGCCCCCACAAUUGUCGACCACAGUUUGGCCAACCGAUUUUUUCUUUCCGCGAGAAGAAAGAUGCAAGAUGAAGCGGAAAAAAAAUUCCUACCAAGCACUAAAUCAUCCAACCAUUUGCCCAUUUCGCGUAGACCCAACUUUUGCGGAAACGAAAAACUUUUUUGUACGACAGGGUGGUACGACAAAAAUGUUCAAAACCGUCAUGUUCAGAGCGGAAGUUGUGUGGGCUUGAUUUUUUCUCGAUUUUUAACUACCUAAGAUUUCUGCCACUACCAUCCAGCUCAAAUAUGGCAAGACAUUUACAUCUUUAUUUCAUCUUUAAUAUACGAGAUAUCUGCUGUAUAGUAGGGGAAAAAACUCGCACAAAAUGCACCAUGAACGUUUAAUUAUGAGGCCAGCGAAGCCACUUAAAGACCUACGCACAGUUUUGCUUUUAUCACAGAUAUCGUAAAACGUGAGCCCUACGCUAGAUGAUGUGCAAGUGCAAGUGUAAAGCUAUAAUGUGCCAAAUUACAACUCACACGCCCUUGUACUGUUUUCCUGUAAAACCAUUUCCUUCUACCGAGUGCUUCUGUGGACAGAUUGUUGUUAUGUUGUUAGACUGUAAGUGACAUUAGUUGAACUGGAAUGGAUUGUAUAAAUAAUCGCGACGGUCGGCGCGCAGUAGUGAGUGGGAAUCGAGCAAAGCUGUAUUUUGCAUCUAUGGCGUGUGUUAAUAUGGGGUAAAAAGACAUUUUAGUGACAACGAUGUUACCGCAACAAUGCGACAGAUUAGUCCAACAACGAGAUAUACGUACAACAUGAAUUUAUCCUAAAUGUGUAUAUCUAAAUCAACGUGUAAGUUAAGGCCGGUAGGACCAUAGUAGUUACUAUUAUUGACAUUUAUUUUGUUUGGUGCAGCACCACCGAAGUACGCGUAUUGUUUGUACAGUUAGUUCAGCAUGCAGCGCCAGGAAUCAAUGUGCAAUCAAACUAAACGGCUAAAUGUUCCACUAUGAUGAUUAAGAUAUAGUAUGCAAAGCGUGUAAAGAAAAUUCCACUGUACUAGUACCACAUGUUUCACAGCAGGAAACGCUCCCGCAUCAAGCAAACAGUAACAACCGGAGCAUUGCUAUCAAAGAUUCUGAACAAAUAGAAUACAAAA